AUGGCUGAUUCAACUUUUGAUGAGUUUUUCGAAAAUGAUUUCUAUUCAGCUCCUACAUCUAUUAAUAAUUCUAAAAAUCAUGUUAAAAACGUUAGAAAUUCUAUUCAAAUCAAACAUUCAAUGUCAUCAAGGUCAUUAAAUGAUUUCACUAAAGAUAUACCUCUGUCGGCAACUAUCAGUAACUCAAUCACCAAAUCCAAUACACUGACAAAUCCUUCUUCAAAACUGGGAAAUACAUCUGGUGGUAGUACUAGAACAUCUAUAAUUAAAGCUUCACCUUCUUUAAAAGCUUUAGAAAGUAUACUUAAUGAAAAGAAUAAACAAUAUAAUAUAACCAAUACUAAUAUUAUUGAGGAAGUUGAAGACGAAGAAGAACAAGAACAAGAACAAGAAUCAGGAAAGAAUCAUUACCAGGGACUUAAUACAUUAUCCCCUCCGAUUUUGUUUACUUAUAAUAGUAGUAAUGUUAGAGAAUCAGUACAAACUUUUGAGACUGCUAUUGAAUCUUUAAAUGAGGACGAUACACUUGCUGUAUUAUCAACUAAUACUGGCAAUAGUAAUACCAAUAGCCUUAUCACUAAUAAUAAUAAUAUUAAUAAUAAUGGUUAUAAUAAUGGUUAUCCAUUAACUACAAAGACAAGUAAAUCAUCGUCAACUAAUUCUCAUAAAUAUAAUAAAUCGUCAAUUUCAACAAUUAGUGAGUCCGGGUAUAGUACUGAUGAUACUCCAAUCAUAUCACAACCACUUACUUUCCAAAGUUUCACACCACAUAGUUUUGAAUCUCCUCAAUUGAAGAUGGUUGAUAUAACUGAAGAAUCUAAUUUUGAUAAUGAAAAUAGUAAUUCUACCAUUACAACUAAUACAGUAAGGACUAAAAAUGAAUCUAAAAAUAAUUUAUUUUGUGGUGGUGGUAGCAGUAGUAGUGGUGCUAACAAUAGUGUUAAUGAAGGUGCGCAAUACAAUAAAAGUAGCACAAAUUUCUCAAACAAACAAAUUGAUCAGAAUUUUCAUUCUUCUUCCCAACAAUCAUUUCAACAACUUCAACAACCUCAACAACCACUUCAACCACCAUUAAAUUCAACUAAUCAACAAAUGCCUCAAACAAAUUCCCAACCAUUACAUCCACCUAGACAUGUAAAACAUCCAACUAAUAAUACUACCAAUAAUAACCCUUUUUAUAAUACUACUACUACUACUUCGCAUUCCAAUCAAAAUAAUUUAUUUAAUAAAAACGUGUCGGUACCAUUAACUCAACAACCGGCAUAUCCAGGAAAUAAUAGUAAUAAUAAUAAUAAUAAUACUGGCCCCAAUCUUCAUCAUAACAAAAGUAAUAAUUAUAAUAUUAUUCGUACUGUUAGUAAUAAUUCAAAUUCUAACAUGUCCCUUGAUUCAAAUUUUUCUUCUCAUUCACCCCUGAAUAGUAAUAAUUCCCGUGGAAAAAUUGUUCGUAAAUCCAAAAGUAUGUUGACGGUUCUAACUAAUGAUAAUGAUUCAAUGAGUUCAUUACACACACCACCACCUCCACAUCAACCAACCAAUGAUUCUGCAUCAUUGGGAUCACCUCAUAAACGUCCAUCUCAUCCAAGAUCAAAUUCAUCAUAUUCAAUUAUGAAAGAUAAAAUCAACCGUAAAAAUAAUACUACCAAUAAUAAUAGUGCUUCAACUGUUCACCAUUCUGAAAAUAAAACCCUUCUGCAUAAACGAAGUAGUACAUUGAAUGAUUUAAGCAAGUUGAAUUCGGAACAACUUGCAUCCUCAUCAUCAUCAUCAUCACCAGCAGGGGUUUUACCAUCCACGGCAAGUACUAAUCUGAAAUCAAGUAAUGGGAAGAAAAAAUUUAGUUUCAAAUCAUUAUUUAAAUCAAAAUCAAAGAGUCAUUCAUUGAAUGAUUCUAAUUCAUCAAUACUGGAACCGAAAAAGAUUACUUCAAAAUCAUAUUCUACUCCUAAUAUGCAAAUCCUAUCAGAACAACCAAAAUCAAUUGAUGACAUUAACAAUACUAAUAAACAAACUACCAAACCAGAAUCUAAAUCAAAUAUUUCAUUUAUGAAUAGAUUUAAAAAGAAUAAAUCAUCUGAUAAUUUGAACAAACUUGGAUCAUCCCAUCAACAACCAGGGUUGAAGAAAGGAGUAUCUAAUUCUAAUCCUUCACUUUCUUCAUUGAAUGGGAAUAAAACCAAUAAAUCAUUACCACAAAAUCAAGAUAAUUCUAAAUUUGGAUUACUGGCACCACCAGUUAAUAGAAAUUCAUUUAAUUUUAUUAGAGAAGUUAGUGAGGAUAGUGUUUACAUUGGAGAUCAAAAUGAUGAUAUUGAAGAUGAACAUUCAGGUGAAGAAGAUGUUAAACCAGUAACAAAGAAUGGUUAUAAAAGUUUUGGUAAUAUUCAUAAUAACAGUGAUGAAGAAGAUGAUAAUGUUGAUCGAUUAUCAAUAGAAGAACAACAACCAGAUGUUUCUGAUGAUGAAGAAAAGGAGAAAGAUUUUGAAUAUUAUGAUGCUAAAAAUUUGACUGAAGAUCCACCUAAAAAAAUGUCGUCAGGGAAUAAAUAUGGUGAAGAAAUUUCUUUAAUACCACCUUUGAUUGAUUCUAAUCAAUUUGGAUCACCAUUUAAAGUCAAUUAUCAAAGUUCACCUAAAUCAAUUGAUAAUAGACAUGAAGGGAAAGAUACUGACAGUCCACUUCAAAGAACUAUCAAGCGGUUCUCUAAUACACCUUCAUCAUUGACAAUUCCUAUCAAACCACCGCUGCCAAUUAGAUAUCCUCAACAAAAACAACAACAACAACAACAACAGCAGACAAACACAAACAAUAAUGCCCAUUCAACUGAAGAUAAAACUAAUACUCAAUUAUUGGGUGAAGCAUUAUUUCCUAAAUCAUUGAAUGCUCAUGAAGUUGAAAGUAUUGUAUCUUUAGAACGAUCAAGAUCUAUGAAAUCAGUGAAAUCUAAUAAACGUAGUUCAUUUGUUAAUUAUGAUGGUAGUGAUGAUAAUAUUGUUCAUUAUGUUGGACCUAUUUCAAAACCAACUACUAGUGGUAAUGGUAUUACUAGAUCAAAUUCAAUAUUGAAAAAUUCAACUAGUCGAAAAAGUAAUUUGAAUGAAGAAUUAAAGAUGAAUUCAAUUGAUGGUACGGUUUCAGGAACAAUAAACAGCAAUAACAAUAACAAUAACAAUAACAAUAACAAUAAUAGUGAUACUAGUGGUAAUAUCAAGGUGAUUAAUGAUACCACAACUAUGAAUGAUACUUAUACUACCAUUACUGAUACUGGAAAUGGUGCUAUUGGUGAAAAUAUUCUUGGAUCUAGUGGUAAUGGUUUUGGUAAUACUAGUGCUAGUGGUAUUGAUACUGGUGAUGAUUUAAUGGAAUUUAGUGAAUUUAUUGAUGUUGAAAAUAUGAAUUUCCUUGAUUCACCUAUCCCAGGAUCACCAAUUACUAAUAAUGGUAAGUUUUUACAAACAUCAACAACUCCUUCAUCUCCAUUAGCUAAUUAUCAAUUUGAUCAUAAUUCCAUUAAUAAAAUUGAACAGCAAGAACAACAGCAAGAACAACAACAACAACAGGGGAAUAUUGUUGAUCAAUCGACUCCUGAACCUCCAGUUAUUGUUAUUAAUAAAGAUAAUUUAGAUACUAAAUCAAUGACAAAUUCAACCGUUGGCACUAAAACCAAUUCAAUACCAACUAUUACUAUACCAGAUAAAGAAACAACAGAAAUUACAACUGGUAUAAAUAAUAAGGAUUCUAUUGAUUCGAAAACUCCAUCUUCAUCACCACUUUCAAUGAAACAUUAUGAUUCACCGAAAACUAGUGUUGAAGAAAAAGAAGACCAACCACAUAAUGAAAAGAAUGAAUCAACAAAUCAACAACAACAACAACAACAAGAAUCUACUGAUAUCAUUGAUGAACAUGUGAUUAGUAAGUCACCUAUUUUGGAAAGUGCUUAUAGAGUUAGAUCACAGAAAAAACCAGAAAAUGGUAAAUUUACUAAACAGAAUCGACCAAUUUCAAUGUCAUUUAAAGGAUUGAAUGCUCCAUCAUUUACUGGGAAACUUAAAAAAGAAGUAUUAAGAAGUAGCGAUUCUCAUCAAUCAUUUAAUAUUAAUUUUAAUGAUGAAGAGGAUGACGGUGAUGAAGAUGAUGAUUCAUCACUUUCAGUUGGUGGAGGAUUUGGAAGUAGUUCCGAAGACGACGACGACGAUGAUGAUGAUGAUGAUGAUGAUGCAUAUAGUUUUGAACAAGAAAAUGAUAUAUCAAGUGCAUCAAGAUUUUAUAAUACUAAUGAUGAUUAUAUUGAAAACAAAGAGAAUAGAGUACCUGGAAGUGGUAAUACCAAUAAUAGUAGUAUUGCUAAUGAAAAAGUAUCACCUUUAAUACCACCACCACCACCACCAAGUAAUUCUCAUUCAAAUAUAAUAGUUCAACCACAAUCUCCAGCACCAUCAAAUAAAUCAUCAGUAUUUUCACCAAAACAAUCAAAUGAUAUCAAUAAGAAACCAACCAAUCAACCACCCUCAUCACCACCACAACAAUCACAAUCACAAUCACAAUCACAUCUGCAACAUUUUAGUUUACAACCAUUGAAAAAAUUCACUCAUAAUAAAAUCCCUUCAAUUUCUGAUCAAUCAUCAAUUAAUUCAGAAUCAUCACCAAGAUCAUUUACAUCAAUGAUUAGUAAAAAAUGGGGCAAUAGAAAGAAUGGUGGUAAUUCUCUGAAUUCUCCAAAUUCUCCAAAUUCAAAUUCAAAUUCAACAUUACCUCCUCCUCCUCCUCCUGCUCCUGCUCCUUCACAACUUCCUGGUAAGUUACAAAUCACUACAGGAGUUAGAUUUAGUUCAAGAAUUAUAUUAUAUGAUACAUAUAAUGAAGAUGAAUAUGAUCGACAUCCUGAUACUGCCACUUGUAAUCAAUUGACUCCAUUAUUAGCUCAACAAAUUAAAGAUGAAUUGAAUAAUUUUAAAAGUGAAAUGGAAAUUCAUGUUGAAUCAAGAUGUUAUACUCAUUUCUUUUAA